AAACCUGAAGUUCCCAACAUGCAACUUUUGAGGAAGAGAGAAGUAGAUCAGAAGAGAAAGAAGAAAGUCACCUAUGACAAACGUCAUAAAGUGCAACAUCUUCCUUUAUUAAAAGCGGGAGAUUCAGUAUGGAUUUCUGACAAAACAACAACGGGUACUGUUCUAGGAGAAACGUAUCCAAGAUCGUAUCUUAUUUCUACUCCGAAAGGAAUUCUUCGUAGAAAUAGGAAUCAUAUCAGAAUUGAAAGUGAAGAAGAGAGAAAGAUGGAAGGAAGUGAAGAAGAGAGAAAGAUGGAAGGAAGUGAAGAAAGAAUUGAGAGAAGAUCAGAGCCAGAGAGAGAACAAAGGACGAACUUAGAGUCAAAUGUGAGAGAGGAAGAUCAUCAACCAUGUCAUCAAUAUGUUGGUAAUCAAGGUAAAACGAGUCAGAAUACUUCUGAGAUGCAAAGAAAUGAGAGAGAAAAUACAUUGGAGACUCAGAGAGAUCUGGUGGCGACUCAAGAUGAUAAAGAUGAUCAUAGAACGAUUAGAACUCGGUCUGGGAGACAAGUUAGGAAACCAAACAGGUUGGAUCUUUGAGUUUAACAAAGAGGGAUGUAGUGUGACUGAGUAUGAUACUAUUAUUAGUUACUAUGAUGUCACGCGAGUGCAUGAAUGAGCAUGCGUAGAGAGUGAGUCAU